UUGGCAACUCCCAGUGGAAAUAAAUUAUUGGUAGCACAUAUGGUAAUCUGUCAUUGAUUAUUUUGUAAACAAAAACACGCGGAGGCUUAGUCUAGGAUAUAUGUAGUUCUUAUUCCUGCCUAGAAAUGGCUGAUCCACAAAAGUUCGUAUUACCUUCACCGAAUUUCAAUAAGAAAAUGGAGGCACCUUUAGCAAGACCACACUUCCUUACGCCCUCAGGAAUGACUCUUCAUGCGCGUCAUCAGCCUCCGCCAAUGUAUGGAAAAAGAGGAGCCACCUACCCUUCCAAAUACCUUCAAAAGGCAAAUAAAAAUAAUCUUUCACCUGUACAGGUUGAGAAAACAGACACUGCUGGGCCUGAAUAUUGCGAAGCGUGCGACAUGGAGUUACAGUCUAAUGAUGAUCUACGUCGGCACAAAUUGCAACAUGAGAAAUGUCCAGUGGACAAUUGCAACUAUCGCGGACACCCUUCCGUAAUGGAUAAACAUGUCGCAACACUACACAGCUCUGGUUUAUUUGAUAAAUUCAAAAAGCUCAGCUCGCCUGAAGAAAUAGCCGCUUGGCGGGAAGAACGUAAAAGAAAAUAUCCUACAGUAGAAAAUUCUAUAAUGCGACAACGUGCUAAAGAACAACGUGAGAAACGCGGUGAACGUCUGGAAGCGCAUAAAAGUAGGUUUGGAAAGCAAGAGGAUCGUAAACGGGCACAAAAAAAUCAGGGCCCUGAUUCAAAUCAAAGAGGGAAACAUAACCAACAACAAAAUUUAAAAAAUCAGAAUCAGAAUGGUCAUGAAAAAAGGAAACGCAACAAUAAUAAACGGCGUAAAAAGGAAGAAGUUCAAAAGCUUGAGGAGAAAAAGCAAAACGAUGUUAUAGCAAGCAUAAAGUCAACAAAAAGGGCAGAAAAUAAUGCAGAUGAGGAUAUAAACUGCAAUGGAAUUUCGAUGUUCAAGGGCACAAGUAAACUGGCCAAGUAUCAGCACGCCAAGCCUAAGAAAACAAAAGAAACGAACGUGUUAAGCAGCUUGCUUGGAAUGUAUGGAUCGGAUGAAGAUUCUGAGGAUGACUCCAGUAAAAAUGAAACGGACAAUGAAGACUCGGAACAUUUAAAUGAUGACGAAUUAAAUGAGACAAUCAGCACAGAUAUAACUAUGAAGGAGAAGGACCUGUUAAACAGUUCUAUGGGUACACAGUCCGGUAGUUCGUUUAAGGUGGAAAAAAUUGAAGAAAUAGAAUCUGAAAAUAUACACGAUUCUUCAACAAGUUUUGAGGAGGUACAGCCUCUGCAAAACAUCGAUAUGGAGAUUAAUUGCGAUACAAGUGAACCGAGCCUCAUAGAGAAAUGUGAAAGUGUAAGCGAUAGUCUUAUUGAUACUGCUCAAAGCCCUAAGCCACAAGCCACGGAUUUAGUUUGCUCCGAUGAUGAAGCGCCGGAAGAAGCACCCAUAGCACGCUCAACAGAUCUACCGAGCCCCACAAAAUCAUCACAACAAAAUGUACGAAGGAAUGACGCGGUAAAUAAUGAAAGUAAUCAGUCCUCCAGUAAGCCUAUUAAGAAAGCUGACAAACUCUCAAGAGUUAAUAAGCAAAAAUCAGGGCUAGACUAUCGCAAAGCACGUUUGCGGAAACAAAACACAUUGUUAGAGAAACUUUUGGAGCCAGACAUUCGACACGAGCGAAAUGUGUUACUUCAGUGUUUGCGCUAUGUCUGCGAAAACAACUUUUUCGGUAUUGGUGAAAAAAAUUAACGUAAUAGAAAACUUGUACAAAAUCAUUUAAACCAAAUUUUAUUUUUAAUAAAUUCUUAUACUAAGUUCCUAAUACAAAAUAA